CAAAACUUCCAUCUUCUUAGGCCGGUAUACGCCAAGGGUAGUGGUUGUUCGCAAGCUCCAGCACUUUCGAUUGGGUCGUAUUGGAGACUGCGUAGUUAAGUUUCUUCUCUUGCUCUGAUUUUCUCGGAUGUUAAAAAGGAGAUCUACAACAAACAGCGAUGAAUUCGGACUAGUAGGCAUUUGUGUUUCUUUUACACUUCCGUUUGCUCGUUUACAAUUGUACCGAAGAACGUGGUCUCAUCCAUAUCUCCUCUGCCUAGUUUCGUGGUCUCAAUCACACGAAAAGUUGACUGAGCAGAAGUUGGGCGCUAGGUCGUGUAAAAAGUAGUAGAUCUAUCACUUCUAGAAAGGUUUUCAAGGAAGUCGUUUGUCAACAUCCCUCUGGUCAUCUUCUUUUAAGAAACACCAACCCCAAGUAAACAAUGGCGAGCAAGCGCGGGGCAUCCAAGGAUCACGCGACGACCACCGAGUCGGAGGCAGUGGUGCCGGUUAAGAAGCAAAAGACGAACGACACCGCCGAUGGUGCGCCGGCGAAGGAGGAACAGUCCACAGCCCUCGCCCCCAAGAGGGUCUUCGAUCUGCCCUGGUGGGGCCGCAUCAACACCGACAACAAGCCGCAGAAGUUUGUGUCGCGCAUGAUGGGGGAGGCGAAGAAGAUCUUCAUCCUGAAGGAGCAUGACCCGGAGCAGAAGAUGCUGAUAUUCGACGAACCCGUGUUGCCCGACCUGUCCCGGUGGACGUUUCUCUACAAAACCGAGUCGAUCGACAAAGACAGCAAACUGCACAAGCAGCUGAAGUCGCACAACCUCGCUGGGGUCCGGUUUGAGAUCAAUGUGCCGGACGAGUUUCCGAUGAUGCCCCCCAACCUGCGCGUCGUCCACCCGAAGCUGUCCGGCAGCUAUGUGUUCUCUGGCGGCGCGAUCUGCUUCGAGGCGUUGACCCCGAAGGGCUGGGUGAUCACCAUGACGCUGGCCUCGCUGGCCGUGGCGGUGGUGGCCUUGCUGGCGGACUCGGACCUGCCCGUAUCAAAUGCAAAUAUGUCUGGGUCUGGAAGAGCUGGAACUUGUGAUGCAAACUCUGGAACACACAAAAACUUGUGUUGCAUGAGCGCCAAAAGCUGUCCAUUUCUUGGUACGCAAGUAGGAAGUUUCUCAUGCGGGACAGGCAUCAUGAGGCGUGCUCAAGACCUGUGAUGCUUUUGCCUGCAUCAGACGCCAUUUGCGUGAUCCGAAAUAUGCAUGACAAAUCUCGCAAUCUUCCAGACCCAGACGUUUUUACAUUUGAUACCCCGCGCAAGUGACCGAUGUGGGCGACAUGAAGACGCUGACCGUGCCCGGGUACACCCGCGAGGCUGCGGCCAGGGAGGCAAAACAAAUCGCGAGCGCGCACCGGGGCGGCAGUUCGUGGAGUCAGUCGAUCGCGAAUAUGAAGAAGUAAAAAACGCGGUUCGACUUCGACCACCUCUCGAUUGAGACGAUUGGGGGAUGUGCUUCCCACAACUUACGAGAAGUAGUUGUACCUAGCAUCCUCGUCCUACUUAUGGUCGUAUUGAAAAUGAAACAGUAACAGCCAGUAAUUCAAGUUACUCCUCCUCCACCUAAAAAAGCAAGAUUUCGUUUUAUCAUAUACCACUCCAAGAGCAGCAAAUACAAAUAGCAAGCAGAAGCACAAGCAAGAGCAGCAAGCUAGCAGCUGCAGAAAUAACGCAACGACUCAAUCGAAACUAGUGAAAACUGGUUUAUUAUAUAAGAUUUCCACAUCGACAAAUCACUUCCUCUCUGCUCACCAAGAGAGACAAUUGACAACAAGCUUAAGUAACUCCCAUUGAUUUGAAAACGUUUACAUCACGGCACUGUUCUCCUUAACCCACCCCCUUCAGGCAGCAGGAUGAACAAAACCAACUGUUACUAUGAUCGCAGCGACUCACUCGUCUCUAUUCUCAAACUCAAUCUUAUUCGCAAUAAAGCAGCCAGAUUUAGAUUUUCUACUGUGGAUGAAAACCAUCUUCACACAGUUUCACUUCCCGGAUUUUACUAGUAUUCGAAGUAGAUGUCAUCUGACUUUGCAAGGCCCAGUCUCGCCCUAGACUGGCUCUACAAGAACUACUUCGUCGACUGUUGAGGCGGAAAAAAAAACGGGAUGAAACGCUGUGCCAAAAAAGCAAAAUAAAACAAAAACUACCGAGAUUUUUUUGGAAAUAAAUCACCCCCAUCAAAAGCCGUCGUUGGAGGUUUUUCCGGGAAAAUGAAAGUCUGCGAUGCGAAAAGACAAAAAACGACUUAAUUUUAACGCGCAAUAUUCAUUAUCGUAUUACCUCUUCCAAAGUGAAAAUGAUCGUG